CAGAGAUCGGAGGAGCUAUCUGGGCGCGUUCACGGGCUGGUGCGGUGCUCCCGUCCCCGAGCCGCAGCGGUGUCACGUACCAGACAUCUUCCCACGGCCACGCAGCCGCGCACUGCGCGCAUCUGGGCGCGCCAGCACCGCUCCUCCGGGGAGCGCGGCUCCGCUAUUAAUGACCGCUCAGCAGCAGCACCGUGUCAGUGUGACAGCCCAGCGCCUGAGCCGUGCACCGCUAACCACCAUGGAAACAAGGAGAAAUAAGAGCAGCUAGCGAGCUGCUCUCUCCCCCGCCUUUCUCUCUCCGCUGGAUUGCGAGCCUCAGACAGCCAGGCAGCAACAGCGCCUGGCAAACGCAAGGGAUCUCAGCUGGCAGCACGGAGAGUCUCUCAUGUUGUAGGAUAUCAAUAGAUACAUCUCUGUAUUAUAGACUGUUAGACACACGCAUGCACCCCGACUCACACCCACACGUACAUGUGUGCUCGUCUAUACCGACUCUGGCUUUAAUACAAGUAUAUCGCUACCUGAACUAAGGAUUCAAAAUUACUGAGAUGCAAGAACUCCUCCAGCUCUGAAACUACUCUUAUUAUAGGGUCAUCUUGUCGUUCCUGCAAACACUAAUCAAUCAUGGGAUUUGAAGUUAAUACUACUAAAUAAAUGAAUUGUUUAAUCUCCUAUGACCAUCUAUACAUACUUCAUCUUUACAAAGCUCAUCAAUUUUAUGUCAUCAAGGACAAAGUGACCUUCAUUUCCACAAAAUGCUUCUUACUACUGGACAAGUUGGUUACAAAUUUAUCACAUCCUCAGGAAGGAAGUCCUUCACGAUCGUCAUUUGAUAAAUGCAAGACUGUGCUGUAUUAAUUGACCAGGUCAUACUGAAUUCUAAGACUAUAACUGUGGAAUACUAAAGGGUCUGUUAGUUUCCUGAACCUUUGGGCUAAGAUGAAGGACCUGCAACUCAAAAUUAAUUUACUGCUUGGUCUAGUUACCACUGCUCUACUACAAGCCGUAGGAAGAAAAGCAGACUGCCCAGAGUCAUGUAUAUGUGAAAUCAGACCAUGGUUCACCCCCAGGUCUGUCUACAUGGAAGCUCCAACAGUAGACUGUAAUGAUUUAGGCCUUUUUCAUUUUCCAGCCACGCUGCCUGCUGACACACAAGUUCUACUUCUACAAACUAAUAAUAUUGCAAAAAUUGAACACUCAGUAGACUUCCCAGUGAAUUUAACUGGUCUAGAUUUAUCUCAGAACAAUUUAUCCUCAGUGACCAGUAUUAAUCUUAGAAAGAUACCACAGUUACUGUCAGUGUACCUUGAAGAAAACAAACUUACUGAGCUCCCUGAAGAAUGUCUCUCUGGACUCAACAAUCUACAAGAGCUUUAUAUUAAUCAUAAUCUGCUUUCUGUGAUUGCACCAGGAGCUUUCAUAGGCCUCAAUAAUCUUCUCAGACUUCAUCUCAAUUCAAAUGGUCUGCAAGUGAUCAACAGAAAGUGGUUUGAAGCUACUCCUAAUCUUGAAAUUCUCAUGAUUGGAGAAAAUCCAAUAAUCAGAAUUGAAGACAUGAACUUCAAGCCUCUUAGCAAUCUGCGCAGCCUAGUUUUAGCAGGUAUAAAUCUCACUGAAAUACCAGAUAAUGCUUUGGCUGGCCUUGACAACUUAGAAAGCAUUUCCUUUUAUGACAACAGAUUUGUUAGAGUGCCCCACAUCGCUCUUCAAAAGGCUACAAAUCUUAAAUUUCUGGAUUUAAAUAAGAAUCCCAUUAACAGAAUACGACGAGGAGAUUUUAGCAAUAUGCUGCACCUAAAAGAGUUAGGAAUUAAUAACAUGCCUGAACUGAUUUCUAUAGAUAGUCUUGCUGUUGACAAUUUGCCAGAUUUAAGAAAAAUAGAAGCAACCAAUAACCCCAGAUUAUCAUACAUUCACCCCAAUGCAUUCUACAGACUUCCCAAGCUGGAAUCGCUGAUGCUCAACAGCAACGCGCUGAGCGCACUGUACCGCAGUACAGUGGAGUCCCUGCCUAACCUCAAAGAAGUCAGCAUACACAGCAAUCCCAUCAGGUGUGACUGUGUCAUCCGCUGGAUUAACAUGAACAAAACAAACAUUCGGUUCAUGGAGCCAGAGUCCCUGUUUUGUGUAGACCCUCCUGAAUUCCAAGGUCAGAAUGUGAGACAGGUACACUUUCGGGAAAUGAUGGAAAUCUGUCUUCCUCUGAUAGCUCCUGAAAGUUUUCCAUCUACAUUGGAUUUAAAAGCUGGCAGCCAUAUUUCUUUGCAUUGCAGAGCAACAGCAGAGCCAGAACCUGAAAUCUACUGGAUAACACCAUCAGGACACAAACUUUUGCCUAAUACUAUCUCUGAUAAAUACUACAUUCAUUCCGAAGGAACUUUAGACAUAAGUGAUGUAACACAAAGAGAAAGUGGCUUAUACACAUGUAUAGCAACAAAUUUAGUUGGGGCAGACCUAAAGUCAGUCAUGAUUAAAGUGGAUGGCUCUUUCCCUCAGGAACACAAUGGAUCUGUAAAUAUUAAAAUAAAAGACAUAAAAUCUAAUUCUGUUUUGGUUUCAUGGAAAGCAAAUUCUAAAAUUCUGAAGUCCAGUGUAAGAUGGACAGCCUUUCCGAAAGCUGAAGACUCCCAGGCUGCACAGAGUGCUCGAAUACCAUCUGAUAUAAAGGUAUAUAAUCUUACACAUCUAAAUCCAUCAACUGAAUACAAAAUUUGUAUAGACAUUCCCACUAUCUAUUCUCAGAAUAGGAAACAGUGUGUCAAUGUAACCACAAAAGGACUGGACUUGGAAGUGAAAGGCUAUGAAAAGAACAAUAUAAUAGGAUUCCUUGCCGGCCUUGGUGCUCUUUUGGGAAUCAUAUCUGUGAUAUAUCUCUACAGCUGCAUCUCUCAAGAUAUGAACUAUGGCAUUGGACACAGCUAUCUAAGGAAUUACCUGAAGAAACAAUCCUUUUCACUCAAUGAGCUUUAUCCUCCUCUAAUCACUCUUUGGGACAUGGGCAAAGAAAAAAGCACAGCGAUGGAAGUAAAAGCAACUGUAAUAGGUGUACCAACAAAUAUGUCAUAAAUAUGUCAGUAUAUCACUUACUUUCUGAAAUAAAAAGCACAUGACUGUAUUUGUGCUGAAUAAAAAGGCAACAAGAAAAACAUAUUUCUCUUAGGAACUAGAUGGCCAGACUUUGUUGCUGCCAACAAAUGGAAUAUAUAUGAUUCAGUAUGAGAGAAGAAUUUUAAUUAACUGGCUUCUAAGGGUAUUCUACCAACCAAAUAAAAUUAACUUCAUAUUCUAGAACUUUCAUGGGACUUUUAAGUCUGGAAUACAGUGGAAGUAGCCAAGAACAUUUUCUGUAUUUUUUUUUAAAUUAUUAUAUAAAAGUAGUGGAACUGAGCAAUACCUCCUCCUGUGCUGUAUUACACAAAAUAGCCACGAGUUUUUGCAGUGAACAGAUAUACUAGGAUUGACAUAUGGUGUAAUGAAAUGGACAAAUUCUGUAGAGUAGACACAGUGAGUAUGUGAAUUUUUUUUAAUGAGAAAAUACAUUUUUGAUUAAAAUCAAAA